AUGCGUCCAUUGAUUGCAUUGUUGCUGUUGAUAGCAGCUCGGGGUUACACCUUAUCAGUUCCAACACCUCGUUCCUAUGAAAACUAUUCCGUGUAUAGGGUUAGUGUUAAAACUAGUUCGCAACAACAUAUUAUCGAUCAACUCCUGGAGCAAUACGACAAUUAUAACUUAUGGCACCGAUCGGUAAACGAAGUCGAUAUUAUGGUGAGUCCUAGUGCUCGGGACCCAUUUCUAGCCAUAAUGCGAAAGGAAAAUAUUGAUGUCAAAUUAAUGAUUAAAAAUGUUCAAACACUUAUAGACGAGGAGAGAAAAGGGAUGACCACAUUCAGUGGAUGAAAACCUAUGUUGAUAUGGACGAACUUAGGGAAAAGUUUCUCUCUGGUGAUGCUGAUCAAGAUAUAAAAAUCACUUUAAAAAUACUAUCAAUUAAUAUAAGAAUACAAUAAUUUAUGUAACUUAAUAAUAUUACUUGGAAAUUGUU